CCUCCCGGUUAAGUCUAUGGGGGCGAGUGCGGCGCGUCACUUCCGGCGGCGCUCUGCGCUUCCGCUGCGUCUCGGUGGUUCCGGCCUGAAAGUGACUUUGAGCGGAGACGGGCCAUGGCUGAGGACAUCCAGGCCAAGCUGAAGCGCUACAAGACGGCUCCGUUCGACAGCCGCUUCCCCAACCAGAACCAGACCAAGAACUGUUGGCAGAACUACGUCGAUUUCCAUCGGUGCCAGAAGGCCAUGGCAGCCAAAGGGGUGGACGCUGCUCCUUGCCAGUGGUACUACAGGGUCUACAAGUCCCUGUGUCCUACUUCUUGGGUGACAACUUGGGAUGAGUAUCGUGAAGAAGGGAUCUUCCCAGGCAAGAUCUGAGCAUCUCCAGCCCCAAGGAGGUGACACCGGUGUCACCAUGGUGAUGGCAGCUGAUGUGGGCCACCACGGGGUUGGAGGGGGCAACGUUGUCACCUGCCUGGUGGCCAAUAAAGGGUUCAACUGCUC